AUGACGUUCCGAAAGAUCAUCGGAAGCUCGGAGGAGUUCUUAGAGCUCUCGGAUGCAUACAUCACUCACAUUAGACAUGAGAAAUCGAGCAAUGCCGAGGAUGCAGACCCCACAUGGCCCUCCACCACGCAGGAGGAAUUGGCAUACGUAGAACAGGCUGUCAUGGCAAUCUACGAUGUCAGUGACUUUGUCGAGAAAACAUCUGCGCUGGAGAAAAAAGCGCGUAUCGACAGCUCGACGUCGCAACAACAGACCAACGACGGCGAAGAUGAACCACGUCCUUCCAAGAAGCGGAAGCUGACCGAUAAAGCAGCCUGCGAGACCCCUACAAUGGGAAAGAAGAUUCCAAAGCUCAAUCCCGUCGAGGCAGUUCUCACAGCCUCAAGCAAGUCGCCUAAAGAGCAGCUCAAGGCUAUUCUCCGUCAUGAACUGAAAGACAUCGAGGCGGAAUACUUGGGCUAG